UUAAUUGAUGAGCACUUAAAGAAGUAAACUGAGGUGGGAAAAUGAUAAAAGUGAAGAUGAAUCUUUUAAUGGUAUCCAUGUUGUUGCUAUCAAAUACAGUCAGUGCAUCGUUUAAGAGAAAAAACUCAAAGGCUCAAUGUUCAGCAGGCUCUGGAUUUCCCGGGGUUCCAGGAGUUCCUGGUGUACCUGGAGCAGCCGGACGAGACGGUUUAAAAGGAGACGUAGGAUCUAAAGGAGAAAAAGGUGAACGAGGUAAUCCUGGUCCUCCAUUGAAAAAUGACAUGAGUUUUUCAAGUUGGAAACAAUGUGCUUGGAAAAGAAACGAUGAGAAAGAUCAUGGAUUAAUUCAGAAUUGUGUAUUCACAAAAAAGUUUGGCAACACUUCCAUUCAAGUGUUUUAUGGAGGAAACUUGCGAAUUCAUGGGUGCAAUGAUUGUUGCAAACGUUGGUAUUUUACUUUCAAUGGAGUUGAAUGUAAAAACCCUCUUCCCAUUGAUGGAGUUCUUUACAUGGCCAAUGGAAAGUCACAAAAUAUCCAUCGACAUCGUCACAUUGAAGGAUAUUGUAACAAAAUUCAUAAAGGAAAAGUGCAAGUUGGAUUCCGGGUCGGCAAUUGUGCUGGUUAUGGUAACGCAAAUGCAUACAGUGGAUGGAAUUCAGUUUCUCGUAUUGUUAUUAAAGAGGUUCCUCCACCACAAGAAUAAUUCCUUUUGUAUGUUGUCUUCUGGUUAAUCAGUAUUAAAUGAUUCCCGUUCUA